AUGGUAAAUAUCGUUAUAUAUUUUCCUGGUCGUCCAGAACCAUGCACCAUUCAUAAAAAAUCUAUUCAAUUUCUGUAACGUAGAUGUUAGAGUACAAGAAGGCAGUGGCGUCAUCAAAUCCAGAUUCACAAAUACAAGCGAUAAAUACAUGUCAAAGGUGCGCAAGUUAUUCACUUAAUGUGUUGGAGUGAAUAGAGGAUUUGUCAUUGCCUUACGUUAAAGUGACGUUUAGAUUUGACUUCCACUACCUUUUACUGACUAAGUACGCAUGUGAUUGGUUAAUCGGGUAGAUUAAACGCAUGCGAUUGGUUAAUCUGGUAGAUUAAACGCAUUUGAUUGGUUAAUGGUCCCUUUAUUGUAGUGGCAGUGGAAGUCAAAUCUGAACCUCAGUAUUGGAGUAUUGGCAUCCUCUUUUCCUUGCCCAUUAUCAAUGACUAUGAAUCUUCAAGUUUUGAUAUUUUUAAUGUUUUACAGAAUAUAUGAAACAACGCCUGAUUUAGCAGACAUGGUAUCAGUUUUGAAUGAGCACCAAACUCUUCUCAAAAGACAAGUGAAAAUUGAGGUGCGCGGCCCGUGUGCCACUGAUCGCAUUUUUACUUAUUUGAGAAGGGAGGUGCCUUGCAUGGGACUAUCUUCUAUAUAGCCUCGUUCGCACCUUCCCUUUUGGGCCAGUUGAUAUUGAACUAAUUAUUUUAAAGUAAUUUAUGGCACCAAUAAAGUUGUUAAAUAUCACGUGACUAUGUGGGCAAAUUGACGAGUGUCCAUGUUAUAAAAUAUUUUUAAUUGAUUCCAGAUUAAAGACAAACGAACUCAAGCAGAAGGCAAGAAUCAAAUCAUGAGACUUCAUCCACGCAAAUCUAUUACGUCAUUACCGUUAAUUGAAACAUUACAUUAUUGUUGUUUUUAUCAUCAUGGAAAAGAUGACGUAAGUUUGAAAUUAUUGAUUGAUUGAUACAGAAGAAUGGUCAGUAAUUCAAUGCAUCCUGAAAAACUGUCAGCUUGCUUAUUGCAUCUUAUUUGGUUUUCUUAGGAAACUCUUGGUCCUGUUUCUUUGCAGAAGGAAUUUAAGGUAUAAUUACCAACAGACAGACAGACAGACAGACAGACAGACAGACAGACAGACAGACAGACAGACAGACAGACAGACAGACAGACAGACAGACAGACAGACAGACAGACAGACAGACAGACAGACAGACAGACAGACAGACAAAAAAAAGCCAGGAGACCUAAGGGCCGAUAUCAAUUUUAAUUUGUGGCAGCUCACAGAUAAACAGUUCGAAUGGAUCAUGAUUGGAGCGAGAGCGAAGCUCAAGAAAUGGGAAGACUUGGAUACAUUAUUUACAUCCAAGGUUUGUUGGAAUUUGAUGAAAUUUAUGCCUCGACAGAGUAAUUUUGGAAAUUCCAGUUUGUCACUUUGUCAUUCGUUUAGAGCUGGUAUGGUUCUAACAAACAAAAGUCCAGUUUAGGAUUUGAUAAAGUUGUUGGAAUUUUAGAAAAAAGCAACGCACCCCCGGAUGUAAGUAAAAAUGACGUUUUUUCUUUUAAUUCCUCCGUGAAAUAAUGACGUGAUUUGCUUUGUGUUUGAAGAUUCUGAGCAAGUAUCUGACUUUAAUUGAAGACCUUGAAACAAGGCUGGCUUUGGCUACGAAAUUAAAAUGUCAUAAAGUAGCCGUAGAGGUGACUUACUUCUGGUCUUAUUUUGUGAUUUUUCUCAAUUUCCUAUCUUAUUUGAAGCAAUUACAAUUUUUACAUUUUGAAUUUGUAGACAAUCGUGAGCAUGAAAGAUAAACAGAGAUUGGACGAGUACAGAAAACAUCUGGAAAGAACACAUCCUGUCCAAGCACUCAUCUCGGGUUACUUACAGAAUUCUGUAAGUUGAAGAAUGAUGCGACUCUCAAACAAGGGGGGGGGGGGGUGUAGGGUAAUAAAUCAUGCGCAUUUUGACUCCGCAUUUGUUCUUCUCUCCCCCCCCCCCCAUUCGCCCCUUCCCCUUUCAGAGCCUCUACGCAGAUGCCCUAGAAUUUUCUCUUUAUACAAUUGUGUGAAUUUUUUCUUCCUGUUUUCAAAUGUAGCAAAUCAAAUGGAGAUAACGAAGUUCAGAAUUGGCAAAUGGAUCAGGCGGUAAAUAUUCGUAGAUAAAUGACGUCACAACAUACGUUCACAUCACGUGUGAGGUAGGAUUGACUGGAAGAAUUAGAAUGACAAACAAUUAAUGAACGAGACGCCAUCUUUCAAAACGAACUUGAUUGAACGUGGUUUUCUAGAAAAAUAUUGAAUGCAAGUAAUACAAAAAGUUACCAUUAAUUGGUAAAACACGUUUUCAUACUUUUAUCUACAAACUGUACAAUUAUAGUAAAAUUACAAAAUAGAUCAAAUUGCUUAAAAGCGUAAACUUUUCACGUAGUAUGUAUAUGUCAUAAAUGUAUGUGACAGUCUUUGUUCAUGUAUGUAUGGAACUAAUGAGAAUAGUUUGAUCACUAAAUAAUGCUGUUUGACUGUAACCUGUAUGGGCAUAUGAGCGUCAAUUGUUUCAAAAGUUUAUAGACACUUCCUAAAUUUGCAUGAGUGCACACGUGACGAAUCAAAACUUAAAAUUGAGGUUGUAUUUAUGUGUUGAGUUAUUUUCAUCCUAUAGUAUUCCUUCAAUAUACGUAUCAAUAUCAUCGUCUCAUGUGCAUUCCAGCGUAUUUAUAGGAAAGUGACUAAGUCUUUUUAACGGUUGCUACUCCAGCUUCAACCUCGUACGCUUCUCUAAAGGAAAGAGCCUGAGUAUUUCUGGGUAUGAGGUUGAUCGAACUUUUCAUGGAGGAAGCCAUUUUAAACUGUCCAUUGUUUUCAGAGUCAUGUUAAACCUUGUGUUUCGGCUUCAGUAUUUUCCAUCCUGACCACAAGUGAAGAACAAUCCAUGAUUUCUUCCCAUUCUCUUUAUCGUGUCUGGCAUCGGCGUUUGAUACGUUUUAGCGUACGAACCAGGUCCUGGUGUGUUCUGUCCAAAUAAAAUAAAAUUUCAAAAACCUUCAACUUUUCCUUGCCUAUUACAUUUAGUUUAAUUAGAUUAGUUUCAAAUGCAUUGUUGUUUAAACUUACCAAAUAGUGGACUUUCUGAAACCGUGGCGUUUUUGACGUGAAUGAAGAUGUCAUUCCGCUAGUUUUAGGAAGACAACAAUCUUUUGAUGUUCCGUACUGUCCUGGUGCUGGACCGCUUUUCUAGAAACGGAUGGCGAAUUUUAUUUGCAUAUUAUUGCAUAUUAUUAUUAUUACUUGAAAUUUUGUUAAAAUACUAUAAAAGAACGAUGCACUUACUGGUUU